GGCUAGAAAGGCAGACACGUGACCGAGCGCGUGUUACAGCUGCACGUUCGUAGUUUGUAGCGGUUUCACCGUAACGGCCGCGGCCGCACCGUAGCAGCUUCAGUCCACGUUGAACCGUCGUUGGCGUACGUCGGCCACUCGGGAGUGGUCAGGACCGUGUACCGCUCUCUCUCUCUCCCUCUCUCUCUCUCUCGAGUCCUUCCGUCGAAACGACGACGAGUAUACGGUCGUUAACGAGGAAGGAUCCCUCGAUCGUCUUGCCGAGAGCGAUUCACCCGUGCCCUCUCGACGCUCUUGCGAUGAUAUUUUGAGGAUCGCCGAAGAGAAGAGCGAUAUCCGAGGAAGAAAUUAGCGGGAGGAUGCUAUCAACGAGGGAAUCGACGAUCGCCUUGCUCGUCGUCUUCGCACUGAUCCUAUCCAUCGACGUGACCGAUGGAAGACCUCGCAUAAGGCAUCACAAAGGGGGUACCCAUUGCAGCAGAUGCGGUCCAGGUUGGGGCGUAACGAGUCGAUGCGUUCGUGGUCGCGACACCGAGUGCGCCAAGUGUCUACCUGGCACUUAUAGUCCGCAUCACAGCACACAGCCAUGUUGGAUUUGUUCGAGAUGUGGUCCGGGUCUUUACGAAGCUCAUCCCUGUACUUCCAAGACCGACACGGUCUGCGAUUCCUGCCAUCGAGCCGCUCCCGAUAAUCCGGAUUAUCUUAGGAAAUGCAAAACUCGUGGAAACUUCUUUUUAGCGCCCGAAGAUGCCGAGGACACUGCCGAGGAAAGUGUCUUGAUAAAUCAAUCCGAUCGAGUAUUUCAUUUCGAGGAGAGACAGGAGAUUCUCGAGAAGGACGUUGAAGCUGCUGGUUUCCUCGAUGAACCUAACGACCAAAAUGAUUUCGUCGAUUACGAGUCGUCCAAAACCAUGCAAAGGCUUUGAAUCGUUUAACGAAAAAUAAAGGAAGGAAAACGAAGGGACGAAACGAUCGACGAGUUCGAUUCGUUCUCGUAUACUAGUCAAUUGGUUGGUCGGUGCGGCCUGCUGCCUGCCUGCCUGCCUGCGUGCGUCGUGUAUAUGAGAUUAACUAAAAAAAAACACAUCGAUGUUUUUCCACGAAGGCCAUUAACAAGGCACGCUUUGUAUACAGCUCUUUUAUUUUAUUUAAGUACGUACAACAGUUGCGGUCGGUCGUAUAAGAAAAUUAUACUACCAAAUUGAGAUGCGUAUGCACCAUACUUUCAUCUUGUCUCGCCUCAUUUCUUUAUAUAUUUCGUCUCGUCUUCUUUCUUUAAUUAGGACGCUUGAUCGGUGUUUAACCUCGCGUAGAAAGAACGUGCUGCGUGUAUGCCAUCCGCUUAAAUACUGUGUGUACGUAUAUGUAUAUACAUACAUAUAAACACACGGCACACCGAACGUCCAACUUGUGUACAGCUACGAUGUUUAUGAUUUUAAUGUAUAACGCGCUCGCGCGUGUGCGUGUGUGUUUAUACGAGCGCGCGUGCCUACGUUUUCAUACGCGAAGCUCGCGAACUUUCUUUUCAAUUAUCUUUCCCUUCAAGCUUUUGGUUUCAAGCGGACGAAUAGAGCUAAAAACGAAUCCGUUUUUUCUCGAGUUGGAUUUCAUUGCGUUGCACGGCAAGAUAUUACAUCCUUCUCAUUAAAAAAAAAAUGUAAUUAAACAUCCUUCUAUAAAUUAUCCACAGAGCAUCGCUUUGUCGCUUAUGAUCGAAUAUAAAUUAAAGGCGCGUCGUUCGUGCUGGCACCAUUUUUUAUUUUUUUUCCUUUGUGAACAAAUUAAAGACGAUGAUUCCAACGAGCGCGAAAGAGUUCUUCGAUCGAGCAAUUACGAAGUGAUUACGAUAUCGUCGAUGGGAUCUACGU